AGCGGCGGGACAAUGCUGCGAUCAUAGUAGCCACUUGCGUUCUUUUCGCCAACCAUGCUGUCAUACACUCGCAACACUUGCAUUUUCCAACGACCAACCGGAGGUGUUAGUUCACUGUUAGGACUUGCCAAGUACAGUUUUGCUCGUGAUUUGAUGGUGAUUUUGUGUCGUUUGUGCCGAUAAUACGUAGCGAUGGACCAAAAGGCGGCCUUAAAGCGGGUGGGCAACCGGUUGCGCGCAUCUCGCAAAGCGAACCUUGCAUUUCUGGCAGUUUGCGGCGACUACCUGUGGCACGGAUCGGACGACCACUGGCCGGUGGAUGUGCCGUACGAAAUCGGUGCUGAUGAUGCAGUGCAGCCGGAAGUGUUCGACUCGUUCGCCGAUUUUCUGGCAGCGCUGCACAACACGAAGGUGCCGGCGGACUUCCUGGAGGUGUUUGUACUGUGCGAAAGGGCGCACGCCGUUAUGAACGACUUCGACGCAAUGGAGUACGACCUAAGGCCGACGAUCCAGCGGGCCGGCGAGCGGCCGGAACUGCUGCAGGGCAUCAAGCGGGGCCAGUUUGUGCGAGUGGCCCGCGUGCUGCGGGAAGUUUGCUACCGUCGGCAGCUAUUCGAGCAGCUGCGCUACGAUAUGAUAGAGCUAUACAAUGUGAUGAACAACGACCCGGCAUCCACCGACGACGAUUCGGAUGAUGCCGGCGAUGGCGGGGCAGCGGUGGGGCAGGCCGCGCAGCCCGCCGGGAAUGUCCAUUCGACCGUCAAAGGGAAGACACGAAUUUGGCUCCUUUCGCUGAAUCUGAAGAUAACGUCGCUCGCGCAGGAUGUGCACUAUUUGACAAAUUUGCUGGCGUUAAUGGAGACGGGAAAGGGUACGCCCCAUUUCUCGCCCUUCUCCUUUUCGUCUAGUCCAACUUCGCGCAAAGUGGCGAGGAAAACGAUCCAACAAAGUGUUGCAAAACGGAUGAAGAUGGAGGAACAGCACAUGCACCAGGGCACCACUGCGUAGGCGAAGGUCGUUACUUGUUACAUAUUAUAUAGAGCAUUAUCUUAUUCAUUAUUCUAACUCGUUCAUAACUUUGUUAUGCUGCGUUACCAGCGUGCCUUAACCCAACAUUGUAGAACGACGUGGGUCUAGAUUUUAACAGAUUUUCCAUUUUAAUAAACUUCGAACACGUUACAUAAAUAAAUGGCUGUACAAAUUGUAUAUAUUAUAUUCUUAAUAUAAUAUAUAAUAUAUUCUUUACCACAAGCUUAGGUAAGCAUACUCCCAACGGCCAGUUUGAUUUUAAAACCCCAUUCGGUCCCGCAUUCGAGCACUCCGUCUGACCCCAAUCGAGCAGAAAUUUGUCAACAAACCAAUGCCGCUUACGGUGUGCAAGGUGCAGCUAUGUUUCUCUUCCCUCUAGCGAAGUCAGUAGCCAAGUGUUUUAGCCAAAAAAGUAAGCAACCAUGGCACCAUUGGUCCGUGUCGCUCGAUAUUCAAGAAACCGCUGGGCAAGGAUGGCUAGCAGCAGCAGGAUUACAUGAGCAAGGACAUGAAAAAGUGGCUGAAGGUGGAGCAGCUCGAGCGACUCAGAGGAGGAGGGGCGAGCAGACGGUGAGGAUGGAACCGCACUCGAGGAUCUGGCGGUAGAGUUUAACGCCCAGCUGGGCCGGACCGUCAUUGACAGUGCGGACGUGAUGAUAUUGAGGUCGGAAGCGUGCACGAGGAGUAGCUGGAGACGGAAGACCCUCUUGCGGGAGUCGUAGCUGAGGAGACUCUUGCAAAGCAUCGAGCUGCUCAUCGUCGAACGGGCGGAGGUACGGAGUUUCAGAAACCCAGAAUCGGAGUUGUCCGGAAUUAUUCGGAGUCAUCCGGAGAGGUCAUCAUUUGGAGGUGUCGGCUGUAAUCGGAAUCGUCCGGAGUUGGCUGAAGUCGCCGUUGUUCUGAGUUUUAAAUAUGAUCUAUUUUCUCUAAGACUAGUGGCUUUGAGUUGAUCGAAGUCAGCAGAAAGGAGACGGAGUUGGAGAUGAAAUGCCUGACCACAAAAACAUAGCCCACCUACGAACGACCCUGAUCCUGAUGACUUCAGACGACUCAAACUCCGGCCCACUCCAGACGACUCUGGAUCACUCCGGCCAACUCCGGAUGACUCCGGACGGCUCCAGACGAUUCCCAAUAGCUCCGAACAAUGCUGGAUGGACCUUUCUUCCGGAAUCGGAUCCGAAAAUUUCGGAGUUGGAUUGUAGUCGACAGCGGAUUUCCGCGAGCUUUACCCAUCAUUAGUGUACAAUGCAGUACGACACGCACGCUGCUGACCGAGAUGGUCGGGAUGGAGCGAAGCAAAGUGCAUUUUGUAACUACAUAGUUUCAAAGUACACAUGGAUGAUUUUGUAUUAUGUUGAGCAUAAUGUUAAUUUAAAAAAAAACCUUUAACGGUAUCUUUAAAGAACAUUUCAAUGGAGCUUGUACAUUUGUACCGAAAAUAAAAAUAAUUAAAGCAUACUUCUCGAUAACCAUGGAAA